UCAGGGAAUAGAGACGACAGUGCGCUCAACGGGAUUACAACAGAAAUACAUCUACUAGAACUCAAAACUUGCUCCAAAGGUGGAGGAACGCAGGUCUAGCUCUGUGUGCGGCCGCGCCGUUGCCAUGGUGACGAAUGCUGAAACAAGUGUUGAUAGCCUCGGCGUCAUCGGUCUGCGGGAACAAAAUCCUCACCUAAUAAACAAGACGAUAUUAAAGAUUCAAAUGUGUGAAGGACCAUCAUCAAUAUCUGGGCCAAUCCCCCCGGAUCCCUCUCUGUUUCCUCAGUACUACAAACGACCUGCUUCAGCUCGUGGCCGUUUAGAGGGGAACCAUGAUAUGACUUCGGUCCUACUCUCAGGGCCCCUCGCUCCAGAUCCUGUGUUGUAUCCUGGCUGCUACAGUGCUCGUACCCCAGCAAAUCGUCCACGUAUUGGCCCUAAUGCCACCCAUAUUCUCGAACGAGGGCAGAGAGGUGUAGUGGGGGAGCUGCUCAAACUAGACGGUGUCUCGAUCACACCUGUUCCCAAACAGAAACAGCGGGUACAUGACUUUGGUAAGGAGAAUGUACGUCGGCUCAGGGAGAUCCAGAGACGCUGCAAAGAGCAGGAGGCAGAGAGAGCACAGUCCCGUCCAGUUCCAGUCAAAGCUCUUUGGACCUCCUCCAAAUACGAGAAUGUCCCAUCAAAGGUGAUGGUCCAGCUAGAGGUUUCUAGUCCAACUCCUAAACCACAGUGUCAAAACUUUUUAAAAGCCCACUCUAAUGGUGUAUCUAAUGCCCCACCAAGACCACACUCCAAAACAUCUCCUCCAGCUUUGCAACGGCCGGCCUCCUGCAGGUCCACACGGGACCAGAACUUGCAAAUACAGUUACAGGUGCAAGGCCAGUCUAUAGACUUCAUUAAACAUAAUGCCCGGGCUGCAGGAAAAGCUGUGCUGCGUCGGUCUCAGUCACUGACAAACCUCAGAGAUAAGCCUGUCCCCAGUGCAGUCAAGGGACAGGUGCCUCAGUAUCUUCAGGAAAGGAAGGAGCAGUGGCAUAAAGAGGCAGAGGAGAGGAGGAGGAAUGCACCUGAUCCUACAGUCCCUGCUGGUCACACCCUGAUGCCCGAGAGUGAGAGACAGGAAACACUGAAGUCCCUCAAAGAGACCCAUCGCUCCCUGGUGACUGAGCUUCUGUCGCUGCCUCUCAAAGCCGACAGUCUGAAUGCUCGCUCGCGCCGCACUCAUCUCGAUUGUAGGCUUUCUGAAAUCGAGGAAGCCAUUAAAAUAUUCUCCAGGGACAAAGUUUUUGUAAAAAUAGAUUCAUAACACACGAGGGGGAGGAAAGAGAAGGAAGAGGAGGAGAUGGCCCACUGCUUUAUUAAGAUUUAUGUUCAUUUUUGUUGUUGUAUUAUGUAACAUAACACUCAACUUUGUAAAAUAGAUGAACCUGAGUGUUUUUAUGAGAUAUAUUGUAAACUGAAUGAUUAUUGCCAUUGAGGUUACUGCCAGUUACUUUAAGAACAAUAACCAUGCUUCUGAAUAAUAUGCAGUGUUCUCUUGAGAAGAAAUGAGCAGAUGCACUCUAUACUUGUCAUUAAAAACCAUCUGAUGAUCUGUGAUGUGUUUUGUUUUUAUGUAAAACUGGCUCUUGAUUUGUAAAAAUAAAUAUUUUUGUGAAGUCA